CAAACAAACCAAAAUGCCCUAUUACCCAGGAUACAAUCCCUACAGCGCUCCUUUAGGUCAAUCUUUCGCUUAUCCAAACACGUAUGCCUAACCAGUUUCUUAUGCUCCCGUUCAAUAUGCUGCCCCUGUGGCAUAAUCAUUUGUGUAGCCUGUUGCCGUCCAACCUGUUGUGCAAUAAUCCUACAUACCCUAACCUGUAGCUGUCUAAUAAGUCGUUGCCUAACCUGCUCAAUAAACAAUUCGAGGAGAAUCAAGAGUGGAAUAUAAAGAAUAUCAGAGACAAGUCGUUGAAAUGGAAACAGAAACAGUCUAAGUUUAAGUGCCAAAAACUAAAUACGUGACAGAUUAUUAUCCAAUCGAAUACCAAACAGAAUACAUUCCAAGAACUGUAUAUGAAUAACAAACAGAAUACGUCCCAAUUACAAAAACAGUGCCUAGAGUAGAAUAUGAAACAGUGGAAAGAUAAGUUUAACGAGUAAAUCAACUAUUUAUUUUAGUAACAACAAGUUGUGGUUUAGCAACCAGUUGUUUAAUAGUAUGUACAACAGCCAAUUUAAUAUGUACAAUAGCCAACUUAAUACGUACAAUAACCUAUUGUUUAAUCUGUUGUUCAAAGCCCAAUUGUUCAACCUGUUGUCCAACAACCAAUAUCAUAUUCAUAAAUUAGACCGGUACAAAGUAUUGUCCCAUCCGCCUAUCCAGCUAAUGCGGCUUCAUAUCCAGCAAAUUAUAGAAAUUUCAGACCAUUUUGAGCUAUUAUGCC